CCUCGAACAUAUCAAGAAGAGCUCCAGUUCAUUGAGAGAAUCGAUGACUAUUCUUUCAGAAUUAAAAAGGAAUUCCAGCCCAAUAUGUUGGUUGAAGGAGAAUUCUUUGCAAACAGUAGGCUUCAAUAUCUCAUGUUCGAUGAACUUAAAAAUCAUUGCAGAAAUGUUGGCCAAGGAGGAUUCCUUCCAGCAAUGAAGCAGAUAGCAAACGUUGCUGCACUUCCAGGAAUCGUGAAACGUUCCAUUGCUCUCCCAGAUGUGCACUCAGGAUAUGGCUUCGCUAUUGGCAACAUGGCAGCUUUUGAUAUGGAUAAUCCUGAAGCCAUCGUCUCGCCAGGAGGUGUUGGGUUUGAUAUAAACUGUGGAGUUAGGCUACUGCGAACAAAUCUUUUCGAGAAGGACAUCCAGCCGGUCAAGGAACAGUUAACUCAGACUUUAUUCAAUCACAUUCCCGUAGGAGUUGGAUCUAAGGGUAUGAUUCCUAUGACUGCUAGAGAUUUAGAAGAAGCGUUAGAAAUGGGAAUGGAUUGGUCACUGAGGGAGGGGUACAUAUGGGCAGAAGAUAAGGAACAUUGUGAAGAGUAUGGCAGAAUGCUACAGGCUGAUCCCACCAAAGUAUCUGCUAGAGCUAAAAAGAGGGGUUUACCCCAACUGGGGACGUUAGGAGCCGGUAACCACUACGCUGAGAUCCAGGUGGUGGAAGAGAUCUUUAACAAGCAGGCCGCUAAAAGAAUGGGUAUUGACGAGGAAGGGCAAGUUUGUGUCAUGAUACACUGUGGCAGUCGGGGUCUUGGUCAUCAGGUUGCAACAGAUGCUUUAACAGAAAUGGAGAGAGCAAUGAAGCGUGACAAUAUCGUGGUUAAUGACAGACAACUUGCUUGUGCUAGGAUCAAUUCAGAAGAGGGACAAAACUAUUUAAAGGCAAUGGCAGCAGCUGCAAACUAUGCGUGGGUUAACAGAAGUUCCAUGACAUUCCUUUGCAGACAAGCGUUUGCCAAGAUAUUUAACUCGACCCCUGAUGAUCUUGAUAUGCAUAUGAUAUAUGAUGUUUCUCAUAAUAUCGCUAAGGUGGAGCAGCAUAUGUUAGAUGGCAAGUUAAAGACACUGAUGAUGCACAGGAAGGGUGCUACACGGGCAUUUCCACCUAACCACCCUCUUAUACCUGUAGACUACCAACUAACAGGACAACCAGUACUAAUCGGGGGAACAAUGGGAACCUGCAGCUACGUGUUAACGGGAACAGAGAAGGGAAUGGAACGAACACUGGGGACCACGUGCCAUGGUGCUGGGAGAGCUUACUCUCGGGCUAAAUCACGGAGAAACUUGGACUAUAUGACCGUUUUAGAAAACCUUAAAGAGAAAGGAAUUUCAAUCAGAGUAGCCUCCCCCAAGAUGUCCCGAAGUGUCCGAUUGGAGACUAGAAGUCGAGCUAGAGAUGAGCUCCGAAGAGCCAUGAAGGCUGUUGACAAGGUCAAGAAAUGGGAAAAGAAAUGGGUUCCUGCAGGAUCAGGAGGAGGAACUUCUUCCACAACUUCUUCUAAAUUAAAAGUGUACAAAUGGGUUCCAAAAGCUACAGAAGAGAAUGUGGAGGAUGGAAAGGAUGCUGAAAAAGGAGAUUUAAAUGAGACUGAAGAUAAAGUCUCUACAGAUCAGAACACCGGAGAAGUGAAGACAGGGGACAAACCAGAAUCUAAAGAAAACUUCCCAGCAUCACAGUUCCUGCAGACUGACCAGACUGGAAACGAAGAUUCUCGAGACAGUUUCACUGCAUCGACUGCAGAGCUGAUGAAGUACUGUCCAGAUCCAGACUCUCAAGACAGCAUUACUGAGAGUGAUUACACUGCGACCAUGUCAGAUCAGUUAGAAGACAGCACAAACACAAAACCGUUAUCUGAAACUAAUUCUACCCCGGUUCCAAACGAUACCUCCAAAAGCAGUACCCCUCAACCAGAUCCUAAGAUUACUGUUUCGGACGCGUUUAAAGACAACGAAGAACCGACAGCUCCCACAAUGCCCGAAAAGAAACAAGAAAAAGAAGAAGAGAAGAGUGAAGAGAAAGAAGAGCUUCAGACCCAAAAACCUGAGGAGGAGAAAAUGGAAACUGAAGAUACUUCGACUCAAAAUACUGAAGAACAGAAGAGUGAAGAGAAAGCUAUCGAAGAACCCGCUACAUCAGAUCCAGUUAAAGAAGAGCACAAGACUGAGGAACAGAGCAGUGAAGAUGCUCCACCAACCAAAAAACUGAAAGAGGGUUAAAACUUUAAAAUAUAGUGUUAGACUUAAAUUGAUGUAUUUAUUUUACUGACAACAGAAUUGUUUCAUACACGUUUGAUAAAGUGGUUUCACGGAGUGUUCAAGCAUUUAAAACUAUAAAAUACGAUCUUAAACUUUCCAACUUCGUGGAAGGAUGUAUUAAUGGAUAGCAGAUGUAUUACCGGAUAUAAUCUAUAUUUUUUAUUGUUAUUCAAUUGUACAAUUUAUUUUAACUUAAUAUAUUUGUUUAAAACUGCCAUGUUAUUGGUGAUUCUGCGUGGUUUCUAGUUUUUUCAAUGACAAUCUUUCUAUGCUACUGGUUCUGUUAUCCGUUGCGGUCGUAAAAAUCUCUUCGACACCGUGUUUUGACGGUAUUAUAGCUGUUUCAUGAUAUUGAUGUAAAACUAUUCAAAACCAUUAACAUAGGAUGAGACGAGCGAUAUUAUCCUGUACAAGACAUAUUCUUCCUCCACGGAAUCUAACUCCGGGAAUGAGCAGUCUCAACCUUACUCUUGUCAGAAAUAAGACUGAGUUAGCUGCCCCUCAUGGCAAAAUUCCUCGCCCAGAAAAAGUCAAUUUAAGUACAGCAUGGAAAUUUAAAGGAGAGGCGAUCGGUUUUACAGUUCUCGCUAUUGGAAUAUAUUUCGUGAUGUGGAAGAUGAUGUUAGACUGUAAAAACAAGGAUACUCAAGACAAAGCUCGGAGAAAAAGGCUCGGCCUCGACACCCAGGAGCCAGCAACCUGAACAAAUCACUAGCGCCAUGAUAACUUGGCGUAACCCGUGACCAAAGAUUGAAUGAUAACUGAGGAAUAAACGAUUGGAAAUUUACCAGAGGUCUAAUGUGAACUUUGCCCGAAAUUUUUGUGUUGAAAGUUUGAAGUUUAAGUUAUUGAAUUAAAAGUUCUAUAUGUAUAAUUAUAAUAUGUGACUUCUUUUUUGCUACAAUUUAUAUACGAUUAA